AUGGAUAGUCAGAAUACUUUGGUUGAUAACAGUAAAACUCAAAUCAACCUCGAACCCGAUUCAAACGAUCGUUCAGUACCGAGUCCAAACGGCGAUCAGUUGAAAAUUGGGCAACCACAUUUUGAGGAAAGACGAAUUUCAAUCCGACGUAUAUCCAUCAACCCCUUAGCUCCAGACGAAUACACAAGAGUGAACUCUUUUUGCUCAAGUCUAAACCAAAAUGCCAAAACGUCGUCCGAAUCACUUCCUCAACCUGCUCCGGUCCUGGGAAUGGCAGAUCAUCUGGAACCUGGUAGUAUAGAUUUUGGUCGUAAGAAAUCUUCAUCGUCCCUGGGUCUACCUGAUAAUCUUUCUAUCCGACGAAUUAGUGUAAGUGGUAAAGAAGAUAUACUCACCAUCCCUCAGGACUACAGGGUGGAUAGUUGUUGGGAGGAUAUACCAAUUCGACGAUCUUUCACUGAAAAUCGACGAAACUCAACCCAAGAAUUACCUAGAAUUGUAACUUCUUUCAGUCCCCUUCCUUAUCAAUCUCCGAUCGACCCAGGUGAGAGUGGCCGACGAGGAGAGGGAGCAGGGGAUCUACCUUCACCUCAUCCAUUCUCUGCUGCCUCAUUACGACGGAGUUCAUUCAUCUCUCAGCCUCCUAUCCAAUUCCCCAUCCCCCAUAUAAAGCUCCCUGAGAAAGUAAUGCAAAAAUCAAAGCAAAACAGACCUGGAUCAUUGAACAUACCCAGUCAUACCAUCUCAUCUCCAUCGCAGUUCACUUCCCUAUCAGGAAGUACUUACGUAGAUGGCAUUGGAGGAAGGGGUGAUUCGCAGAGUUUGAACAUGGCUGUAAGAUCAGCAAGUUCCACUCAAGCUAUCAAAUCUUGCGUAACACCUUUACCGAAAUCUUCUGUGGAUACUUGUAGUUCAUUUGGACAUGAUGCCUUAGAAGGGACGGAAAUACAGAGAGAGAAGUAUUUUGAAGAUGGAUGGAAUGGGUUUGCACCUCAAACUUCGGAGUUAGAAACGACUUUCAGAGAUGGGUUGAUACCCAAGAUUGAAAUUCCAAUUUCACCUACUACGCCUACCCAUUUGAUAAAUCUUGAUAUACCUGCAUCAAAUAUUGUUCAGAUACGAGUGGAAAGCAAGUCCCCGCAAGCCCAAGUGCACAAUAUCGAUAGCAACGAGAUAUCAACUACUCUCGAUUUGAUCGAUGAUAAGCAGAACAAUCAUAAACGUAAAACCAGUCACUUAGCCAUAUCUUCCCCUACGAGAUUACAGAGCAAUACUCAUAAGAGAACCUCAAGUAACUCCAGUCGUAUAACUUACCUUUCAGAUGUAGUCAAAGAGAAUGCAGAGGAAAAAGAGAUAAAAAGAAGAAGUGUAUACUCUACGCCUAAAGCGUUAUUGCAACCCGAAGGUGGUUUAGCAGGAAAGAGAACGAGUCCCAUAGAGCAUAAAGAAAAAGGUAAAGAGAUAAUAGGUUCGACAGGUAGCAUUAGGGAUAGACCUGUAUCAAAUGGUUUACAAAGUGCUUUGGCGACAGGUAUGGGCGUGGGGAUGGUAGUAGGUAUGAGCCAAGGUGAAAUGCAUUAA